AUGUACCAAGAAAGAGGCAUUCUAGUAUCUAUGCAAAUCUUACUGAUUCUUCGGUUUUGCACUUGUAUGGACACCAUUACACUCAUCCAACCAGUUAAAGAUGGGGAUAUUUUGGUCUCUAACGGAGAAACUUUUGCUCUUGGAUUUUUUAGUCCCGCAAACUCCACCAACAGAUAUGUGGGUAUCUGGUAUAACAAGAUUUCCGAGCAAACUAUAGUUUGGGUUGCCAAUAGAGACCGUCCGAUCUCCAAUUCGACCGGCAUCCUAUCAGUGGAUCACACGGGGAACCUAGUCCUUCAAGAAAUCGAUCAAAGUUUUGUGUUUUGGUCAACCAAUGUUUCCGGAGUGGUGAAUGAUAGUUUUACGGCCCAGUUAUUAGAUUCGGGGAAUUUGGUGUUGUUUCAAGGACUAAACAAAGAGGUAUAUUCAUGGCAAAGCUUUGAUCACCCUUCGAAUACGUAUCUUCAGGGUAUGAAGCUUGGCCUAGAGAAGAAAACGGGUUUGAACAGGAUGAUUACAUCAUGGAAGUCUAGUGGGAAUCCUGGUGUGGGGGAUUAUUCAUAUAAACUGGAGUUAGUUGGGUCAACUCAGAUGUUUUUGUUUAAAGGUAUGACAAGAUAUUGGCGGGCAGGGUCAUGGAACGGUCUUGGAUGGAGCGGUGUACCGUGUAUGACAAAGGGUAAUAUCUUCAUUGCUAAUUAUAUAAAUAAUGAUGAUGAGGUGACCAUCGCUUACCAUAUGCACAAUCCGUCCAUGCUCUCUAGAGUAGUCGCUACUGAGUCUGGUACCUUAGAGAGGCUAACUUGGCACGAAUCUGAUCGUAAGUGGGUUGAGUUCUGGUCCUAUCCAAAUGACCAGUGUGAUGUGUAUAACCAUUGCGGUCCUUUUGGCUUUUGUGAUCCAAAUGCAUCAGUUACUUUUGAGUGUGAUUGCCUUCCCGGAUACGAGCCACAAUCACCACAGGACUGGUACAUAAGGGACGGUUCCAAAGGGUGUAAGAGAAAGGUCGGAAUACAUAUGUGCGAAGUUGGAGACGGGUUCGUUGAGUUGGCCCGUGUUAAGAUACCUGACACGUCGUCGGCACAUGUGAACAUGAGCUUGGAUUUAAAAGCAUGCAAAGAGUUGUGCUUGAGGAAUUGCACGUGCAAGGGGUAUGCAAGUGCUGAUAUCAGUAAAGGGGCCGAGGGUGGAGGUUGUAUUAUGUGGCAUAGGUACAUGAACGAUACGAGGACGUUUUUAGAUGGUGGUCAAUCUCUUUAUAUGCGGCUUGAUGCAGCUGAGUUAGACUAUAUGUUUGUUUCUAAGUCCCUUUACUUUCUUGAAAAAUACAAUUAUAUUAUUCUAAGUUGUUAG